UCAAAAUCAGUGUGACAUCUCAGUUCAUAAAAUCAUAGGCUGUGUUCCCUCAUUCAAUAAGUGUAAAAUUAAUCCAAAAUUUGAAGAACGCGGCCGGUUCUACGGAGAGGAGAAUUUUUUUUGUGAAUAACGCUAUCACAAUGUUAAGCGACAUGUGUCGCCUCUCAAUCCCUCAUUUCAUUGAUGUAAUAUAAGAGGACGCGAUCAAAUUUAAGUAAACGAUUAGAUAUUAAACCCAGAUUAACUAUUUUUCCUAGGUGCAUUCUCAUACAGCUCCGAAACAAUACAAGCAAGUGCUCCAAAAUUUUAAACGUUGUUUGGUACUUUCAUCUUCCCUAAACUUGAGGAUAUUUAUUUCAUAAAAGUUCAUCCCAGUGAAUGACUUUUUACCCCCAGAUUGGUUGUGGAUGGUGGACAAAGAAUUGGUGCUUUGCAAGAGCAGUAAAAAUGACAGAGGAUUCACAUCUUUCGUCAGGAGCAAAGUCUUUCGGCACAUUAUUCGAGGAGCAGAAGUCAGAGGAGCCCCUGAAGCCCGUCCCAGUGAAAUACCUUGUGCAGGAUCUGUUGAAAAUAUUACAUAGAGAUAUUCCAGAUUCUCUUUACGCAGAUGGAUUGACUAAAAACGUAAUUUUAUGGCGGAAAAAUGGAAGCAUUCCUGAGGAUCAUGUAAUCUAUGGGCCGUUUGAAGAUCUUAAGUAUGGUGCCUGCGUUAGCAUAUUCAACACGUCGUUCCAGGCGGUUAGUUUCUACUCUCAAGACCCCGAAGACCAUAGGCUGACUGAAGCGUUGCUGAAGACAAAUUUGAUCGAUUGGGGCUCAAAAAAAAUUAGCUGCGUCUUGGACGGUGUGCCAGAAAAGCUAACACCAGUAAUAGAUCGGAUAGUUUCCGAGAAAAACCUAGAGAAGCAUUUCUCUAUCAAAACUCAAUUGUAUUGGAUGGACAAAGAGCGAGCUAGAAAUUUAAAGAUAGAGUGUCCACCAAACAUCACGCUUGAACAACUGACCACUAAACAUGUCGACUACCUAGAUCGCUACUGGCCACACAAAUUUGAGGGCUCAAAACAAUACCUGCAUACCUUACUGGAGCGUAAUUUCAGCCUGGGGGUAUUCCAACCUGGCACACAGCAUCCUAUUGCAUGGGUAGUGUGCAAUCAGGCUUCUGCCAUCGCAAUGCUGUUUACAUUGGAGUCGCAUAGACGGAAAGGCUAUGCACAACUUCUCUGUACUGCGGUGGCUCGCAAGUUAGGGGACAUGGACAUAGACCCCCGUGCGACCGUUUUGGUUGACAACGAACCCUCAAAAAUGCUUUUCAUCUCCCUUGGUUAUACAACUGGUAGUCAUUUUCAUUACAUUGGUCUCAGGAGCAAGCUGAAGAAAAGAGAAUGAAGAUGCACUUCUGAUGCUCCAAAUCCUCACUAUUUCUCAGUGAAAGUGGCGAUUUUGUAAGUUGGCAACUUUGUAUACGUCCUCCAUUUUAAUCCAUUAAAAAUAUCGAUUUUGGGCGAAGCGAGCGGUCUCACCAAGAAUCGAUUGUUUUACAUACAUUUAAAUGGAGGAAAAACGGUGUUGCCAACUUUCAAGAAUCGCCACUGCUUAGUGAUGAAGGGUUAGGAAGGCUUAAAAUCAAAAGAAGAGAAAAAAUCAGUAAAAAGUAGUCUUGUCAAUUUAAAUCCUACAUUGAAUAAUAUACUUCAAUUACUACAUA